UGGAGAGAAGAACCUGAUGCCUUCUUUUGAUGUGUGAGUGGGUGGUGCUCUUUUCUCAUCAAAACAUACUCUCUUCUCUACACUAUAGUAUAUCUCUUCUUUCCAUCUUCUUAUACUCACCUCAGCUACUACUUCUCCUCCUAGUAAUACUUUUGGCUGAUUUUUUUUUUAUAUGAAGAAAGGGUAAAAUCUUGGUGUUUUAGUGGUGGUGGGGUUUUGUUUUGUUGUCUGUGGAGAGAGGCCUUUAAUUAGAGGCUACUGUUAUGCUGAAGGCUAAGUAUAAUAAGGAGAUAAGACUAAGUAGUAGUAGUCUUGGAAAGUAUAAUAAUAGGAGCAUCAGCAGCAGCAGCAGUUCUUGUGACUGUUGGGAAAACAGCACAAGAAAAAGAAGAAAGGAGAAGCUUAUCAGCAGAUGUUAUCCAUUGAAAAACUUGCAGCAGCAGAUCCUUCCCAAAUCUCUCUACUGAAAAGUAGUAGCAGUGAUGAGAGGCCUCCUCCUUCUUCUUCUUCUUCUUCUGAUUCUGAUAAGAAGCAACUAGAUCUGAACCAUUUUCAUGACAACAAACCACUCCCCAAAUUCUCUUUAAGAGAUUAUGUUUUCAGAAGCCGGAGAAAGGACAUAAAGACCAACUGGCCAUUUUCUCAGAAAAAUUUGCAGCUUUGUUUGAAGCAUGGCGUGACAGAUUUCUUACCCCCUUUUCAAUCUGUUAAGGGAUGUGCUGUAGAUAAUUGUUCGAUUGACAAGGACAAAACUUUUGAUCAGGAGGAGCAUGUUAAGGUAGAUGAUGAUCCUAGAUGUAUGUCAAAAUUAGCUGCGGAUCAUAGAAAUAUUAGUGCAAGUCGAUCUGAUAAAGAGAAGGUGAUCCGGUCAACGAUAACCAGUCACUCUUGUUCUGAAAUUGAUUCAGAUCCAACAGCUGAAAGGAAUCCUAGCUUGGAAACAGAAGCUGUUGGGAAAUCUGAGGGUAAAGGUCUUUUACCUCCCAUGUCAAACAAGAGCGGGAGCACAGCACAACCACCAGCAGCAAAAAAGUGCAGAUUAAUAGUCAAGUUGGGAAACGCUACAGAUCAUGGAACGGUAGAAGAGGAAACUACCACCAGCAACAAUUUCAUGGCUUCUGAGGCAAUGGCUUCGAAAGUAUGUCCAGUUUGCAAGACUUUCACAUCCUCAUCAAACACCACCUUGAAUGCUCACAUAGAUCAAUGUCUCUCUGGAGAGUCAACAAUCAAGUGGACAGAAAAUUCUAAUAAGGUGAUUAAGCACAGGAUAAAGCCAAGGAAAACGAGAUUGAUGGUGGAUAUCUACACAACAGCUGCGUGCUGUACGCUGGAGGAUCUCGAUAGGAGGAAUGGAACCAACUGGGCCUCAAACCCGAGUUUGUGCGUUCGAGACACUGAGGUAUCUGCUGUUGAGAAACUGGAUAAACCUCCUCCUGUUAGUCAUGAAUGCACUGAUAAUGAAGGUGCUGUUUAUAUUGAUGCCAAUGGCACAAAGGUUCGAAUUCUGUCCAAGUUUAGCGAUGAGCAGCCACAAUCAUCAAAGCUGAUUAAUGAUCCUCUUCAGAAAAAUUUGGUAGACGGAGAUAAAAGAAGCAAAUUCAUUUUGACAAAUAAGAGGAAGAAGAAGAAUCAUACCCAGAGACAACACAAGCUUCUGAAAUCUUCUCGUACUAAAAAGUUUUGCUUGUCCAAGCCCUAUCACUGUCCCAAGAUUGAGGGUGGUCAAGAUAGCACCUUUUCCCCCAGAGAAAAUGUUGUCAAAGAGGAUUGCUUAAAUGCGCAGCUCAGAUCUCCAGAACAGGUGGUAUUAAAUGGAUUGGGAACCAUAAAACAAUGGGCAUGUUCCAAGAGAACUGGCCUCACAAGGAAGAUCAGUGAUAAGGGCAACCAUCAGCGUUCUGGAGGUGUUAUGUUGACUGCCGUUCAAGAUGGCAAUGAUGUGUUGCCUAUGACUGGUUCAUCUUUGAAGAUAAGAAGCUCUCUUUACAAAUCUCCAAGAUCAUCUGUUAAUACUGUUUGUUUGCCUGAGAGUAGCCAAAGAAAGGGGGAUGUGCUACUUGAGCCUCAAGAUGAACAUAGCGAGGAGCCUUCUCUGCAAAAGAAAGUGGAUUUUUCAUUGUCUCGAUCUCAAUUCCCAUCUAACAAGAAGAGAUCCCUAGUGUUACAAAGGAACAAAGAAAAGCAUUUGAAGGUAGAUGUCCAUUCUGUAAACAAUGGCUCCGGUGAUCGUCCAAAAAUAACAGUAGAUCAUGCGCUUUCUGUGAAAAAUAUGAGGGUUGGGAGAAACUCAGAUCUACUAGAAAAGGCGGAUAACUCUGAGAUCAAUGGUGAACCAUCCACCUCUCAUCCAGCAUUCUCCUCGAAAGCUAGGAAGUUGGCAUCAUUGAGGAAGAACCUUUUGUCUGUCAGUGAAGGGCCUGCUCGUGGUGUUAAAUGUAGCUUGAAGUGGAAAACAGCUUCCCCUAGGAAGUCUAGUAUGCGCUGCACUUCAGAAUCAGAAGAAGCUGUAGUUUGUCAAACUGAAGGAGAGAAACGUUGUAUAAGAGGAGAUCCCAGUGAAACUAAAGUUCAAGUGAGCAAGAGUUGUGAUAGGGUAAUUGUUAAAAGAUCUAGAACUUUAAGCAUCGGGGAAAAUAGGGAGGGGGUUAUGGUUUCUUAUGUGGAGGGUACCCUGGGCUUGAAGAGCUGCUCACAGUCUUCAGCUGAGAUUCAUUCUGAUAAUGAAACUGGCAGCACUUUAGCAGGUGCGUCUGAUGCUAUGAGAUCUGUGAAAGUGAAUGAUCAAACUCAGAAUGACAAGACUAUGGAUCCAGCCGUUGCCUCGGAAUUCGCUGCGAGGGGAGAUUUUACGAGUUUUAGCAAGUCUUUGGAUGCUGGAUCUGAUGAGUUUCAGCACUUUAGCAGGUGCACCAAAGCUGCAACACGUUCACAAGAUCCUAUUUUAGGUGUUGAAGAAGAGAUGUUUAGUGCAGCGGAAAUUGGGAAAAGUAUGAGUGAUCACAAUCUCCAUGACGAUGUUACUGAAUUGGGAUGUAAUGAUGGUCAAGGGAAUUACUUUUUGGAGGUUGAUCCAAUUCCCAUACCAGGACCGCCUGGAUCUUUUUUACCUAGUCCUGGUCGUAUGAGCUCAGACGACCUUCAUGGGAGUUCCUCAUUAACCAGCAGUAAAAUUCAAUCUUCUGCUGAUUAUCCUGAAUUCUUUGAUCAAGAUUCUUCUGGUUCCCCUACUUCUGCUGCAUCAACAGUUUCUAACUCCACUAUGGCUAGAACUGGCUCAAGAUAUUCGGACAAGUUGUCUGGCAAUGGAAGGGAUUCUUCUGAAAGUCUCAAAUGUCACACAGCUGGCUGGGAAGAUAAAAGGUCUAGCUUUUCUGGCAGCAGUACUGUUGAUCUUCUUGUGGAAAAUUCUGUCACUCGACUUCAGACAGCAAAUACAGGAGACGAUAGGGAUGGACUGGACAAAUUUAAUGCAAAUACAUUCUUUCCUGGAAAAGGAGCUUUCAGAUUUACAAAUGAUAAGCCAUGUUGUUGUGUCAGGAAAGAUGGAGCAUCUCAAGAGUCGCAGCUCUUACAGCGACGGGCCACGGCACCUUCCCCUUUUCCUGCCAGUGAGAAUCAGUUGAGGUGUGAUUCAAUCAGAAGACCUAAUAAUAUCAGUAACUCAUUUUCUCUUAGUGACUCGAGUUCAGGACCUGAAACAAAUGCCACUAAAUCAUCCAUUGGAUAUACUCAAUUUGGAGUUUCUGCUGAUUCUGACUUCAAGCUACCAACUCGUGAUUCCGAGUCUUUUAGUCCAUCUGCUUCCAAUCCAGUUCUCAGGCUGAUGGGAAAGGACUUAAUGGUGGUCAACAAAGAUGAAGACUCCCCACUGAAAAGAUCAUCUCACUCAAAUUCCAUGAAUGACCUGGCAAACACUAGACUUGCUGAUGUUUCUUGUGGCAGUCUUCGUAGUGAGGAUCUCUACUCCUCUCGUCAGGUGGAUGCACAUAAUCGUCUUGUCUCUCACUUGCCUCAAACUGGUGAUCCAGUACAGCAUUUUGAUGUCAGGUUGUUAAAUGGUUUCAAAAGUCGCGACAGUUACUCAAGGCCACAACAGCUGUCCCCUACAUCUCCAGUCUCGAUUUCGUGCAAGAGUAGUGGUAGCGGAUUGAUGGGUUCUGUUGGCAGACAAGACUAUUUAGGAGGGUGCAAUUUACAUACUGUGCUCAAUGGACCAAAUGAUGAGACAUGUGAUGGAAAGAAGUUCGUGGCAACUCCCGCAUCUCAUUGGCAAAAUUCUACUUCAGUUGGGAAUGCCGUCAAAGAAAUUAUUAUAAUUGAUGAUUCUCCAGAAAACGGGGCUGAUUCUGCAUACACCAUGGGCACGGGGAGAAGCAAGUCGUCAACUGGUAUCCAAAUGCAGAUGAUCAGCUCGGGCUAUACCUCAAAGUUUGUGAAUUUCUGUGAAAAUAGACCGUGUGGUUCUCCUUACAGCGGAUCUGGAGUAGCUCAGAAUGCGAAUUUGCCUACUCAAAUGAACGAGAUUCCUGCUAAGUGGAAUGGCAAUCCGGAAGGUUGUAGUUUUGUUCGUCCAAGCUCUUUCUCGGCUUCCUCAUCACCUGCAGGUCCUUUUAGAUCAUCAUCUUUGUAUUAUUCUGCCGGCUUUUCAUAACCAAGAAUGUUGCCUUGCAUGGGCAUUUACUCUCAUGACAGACAAUAGAAACCUGACGCUUACAAAGCAUAAAUAUAGCAGUCUGAACGAAAACACACACGGCAAGUUUGAGCAGAUGAGUUAUUCUAGAUUUGCAGGUUUUGCUUUAAUAGCUACUUGAAAAACUGAAAGUUCCAUAGAGAUAAAAAGCAUUUUACUGAGGCCAGUUCGAAAGUUCCCUGGAGUCCUACUAUGUAUAAAAGUCUUUGAAUAAUGAGUUGUUCCGUGGAUAUGAACUUCCAAAGUGGUUUCUUCUUAA